AUGCCUCCGACUUUAUUGCUCAUUCGCCACGCACAGGCUUUGCACAAUGUGGCAAACGACUGGUCCUUCCAUGAUCCACCGCUAUCUGGGCUCGGCGAACAGCAAUGCAAAGAGCUGCAGGAAAGCCUCAAAAACAGCGAUAUUGGUCCUCGGGUCGAGCUGAUCGUCGUCAGCUCAAUGAGGCGGACCCUGCAGACUGCUAGCAUAGGGUUGGAGUGGCUGAUCAAGGAGAAGGCGAUAAAGGUGCUACCGGACGCUGGUUGGCAAGAGAAUUGCGAUAAGCCCUGCGAUACAGGCUCGCCUAUCAGCACCAUGGCCAAAGAGUUUCCCGACUUCGAUUUCUCGGAAGUCGACCCGCUAUAUCCUGACAAGACAUCGAAUCUCUCCUCGAACCCCUAUGCGUUCACUCGCAAAGCCAUACUUGCCCGCGGCCAAGUUUGUUUACAGUCACUCUAUUCGAGGCCUGAGAAGGUCAUCGCGGUGGUGUCCCACUCUGGCUUUUUACGCGCAGCUGUCUGUAAUAGACGCUUCUUCAACGCGGACUGGCGGGUGUUUGAUUACGAUGAAGAGAGGAUGCAGAAGAGCCGAGAAACGGGCGAGGGUUUAGAUGGGCAAGGGCUGUAUCUACUGAAAGAGUGGAAAGAGACGGAAGAAAAGGGCGGAGGUAUGGGAAACAGCGACCUGGGAGUCUUUGGGCCCAGUAGUGCAGAUUUUCCAGCAGAGGUAGAAGAGGAGGCAACAAAAGAAGUUCCGGCUUAA